AACUCAAGUGCUUGCAGGUGUUUUGAUAUAUAUUUUUUCUAAACUCCUCGGCUUUAUGGUUCUAGUUAAUCUUGAAAUUAAUUGGGACUCAGCGUACAUAAUUAUUUGCGGCCUUCUUUUAAAUUUCCUGACUUCCCUAACCUCCCUAACCUUAAUACUUUUCCUAUUCAAUUUAUUCCAGUCUUCAUUGUCCUCACUUGAAAUGAGUGCUUUUUUCCUUUCACACUCUAUGUAAUUUUCCCUUAAGGUCCUUUAUUUAUUGGUAGAAGCCUUCUGUAGCUUCUAUAAAAAAAAGAUAAUGCUGCACUUAUCGUGAGUGCAUCUUCCGCAACGACAGCGUUAUGGAUGUGGAACAACAGGAACAGGAGGCAAAAGCCACGGCCACCAAACAUGUGAUCAACAUGUUACAACGGCCAGAGCAACUGGAGAAGGUGGAGCAGUACAAGCGGAGGGUCGCCCGCAAGAAGGCGUCCGUCGAGGCCAUGCUGAAGACGGCCAUGCAGAGCCAGCUGGACGGCGUCAGGGUCGGCCUGAACCAGCUACAGAGCGCCUUGCACGACAUCCGGGACAUCAAGGAGAACCUGAAGUGGAUUGAAGAGUCGUUCCCGUCGGUGCCCGCCCUGAACGCCAAGCUGCAGGACGUCAGGGAGGAGAACAUGCGACACUCCCAGUACGUCACCGCCAUGGAGAACCUGAAGCACAUCUUCACCGUGCCGGAGAGCGUGGCCAAGACGAAGCAGUGGAUCAACGAGGGAAAGCUGCUCCACGCGCACCAGUGCCUGGCUGACCUGGAGAACUCGCGCGACGACCUGCUCUUCGAGCUGCACAAGCUGCCCAGCCAGGCGUCGGCGGACCAGGUGAUGCUGAAGGCGUACUUCGAGGACGUGCUGGCGCUGUCUGCCCUGCUGGAGAAGCAGCUGCGGCUGGUGCUGGGGCGGACGCUGAACGCGGUGCGCAAGGAGCCCACGGAGAUCGUGACGGCCCUGCGCAUCGCGGAGCGCGAGGAGAAGGCGGACGCCCUCGCCCUGCAGCGGCAGCGGCAGUCGGGCUUCCUGGCCCCCGGGCGGCCCAAGCGCUGGCGCGAGAUGGCGCUCCGCGUGCUGGCGGAGGCCGUGGCCCAGCGCAUCGAGGGCACGCAGGUGGACGAGCGGGAGGGCGACAAGAUGUGGCUGGUGCGCUACCUGGAGUUGACUCGUCAGCUCAUUCUAGAAGACCUGAGAGUGGUGAAGACGUUAUGCGUCCCAUGUUUUCCUCCGCAAUACGAUAUUCUGAACAAGUUUGUGCACAUGUAUCACACUUCUCUUUCAGCUCAUUUGCAGGAGUUGAUCCAGCGCGGGCUGGAAGGGAACGAGUUCGUGUCACUGCUGUCGUGGAUCAUGAACACGUACUCGGGGCCGGAGCUGAUGCAGCACCCGGAGCUGAACAUCGACACGACGGCGGUGGGGCCCCUGCUCAGCGCCAGCGUCGUGGAGGACCUGCAGGGCCAGUACCUGGGGAACAUGGAGAAGAACUACGCAGAGUGGAUGCAGAAAACGCUGGAGAAAGAGAAGGAAGACUGGAGAAAGCAGGUGCUGCCGGAAGUGGAUGAUCAGGACGGGUACUUCCACACCGUCGCUCCCGUCAUAAUCUUCCAAAUGAUCGAUCAGAAUCUUCAAGUUACCAAGACCAUCAGCCAAGAGCUGACAUUUAGAGCUUUGAUGCUGAGUAUAGACCAGGUGACCCAGUACGGGAAAAUGUACAGAGAAGCAAUUGUUGCUUUCAAGGUCAGGCACUUUGAAGACCGCAGCCAGGUGCUGUACUUCACGCACCACAUGAUCACCAUCGUGAACAACUGCCUGCACUUCGUGGAGCUGGCGCAGCAGAUGAAGCAGCUGUACUGGCGGCCGGGGCUGCAGGACAACGAGGCGGGCAGCAAGUUCGAGGCCCUGCUCACCACCUUCCAGCAACUGCGCGACGAAGCGGCCCAGUUCCUCCUGGAGGAAGCCUUCCUGGACCUGGACUCGCACUUCCAAGACCUGGUGACGGCCAAGUGGACGACCAGCUCCGUGCCGGUGGACACGGUGCUGGCCACGCUCGACGACUACUUCCAGGACUACGUGCACCUGCGGCCGCGCAACUUCGAGCACGUCAUCUCCGAGGCGCAGAACCUGGUGGCGCGCCGCUAUGUCCAGGCCGUGCUGCGCAAGAAGACGACCUUCAGGACGCACGAGGAGCGCAAGGAGGCGGCCGCCAAGAUCACCGGCGAGUCGGAGCAGAUCAAGGCCUUCUUCCUGCGCAUCGCUCCCAAGGUGGCCAAGUUCGACUCCCCUUUCGAGAUCAUCAAUGCCCUGGCCGAGGUGCUGAGGUGCGAGGACCCGGAGAUGCUGUCGCUGGACCUGCACGACAUAGUGGACAAGUACCCCGACGUGACCCAGGAGCACCUGGUGCAGCUGCUGGCGCUGCGCGGCGACACGUCGCGCUCCGAGGCGCGGGAGAUGGCGGCCUACAUCCUGCAGGCCGGCAGGACCCGGCGCACGCCCGCCGCGCCCCGGAGCAUCUUCUCCCAGAUCCCUUGAGCGUUCAGCCUCGUCGCUAGCUGUGCACGUGGCUGCUCAUCGUCUCUGUUGCUCUGCUGUGUAGCUCGUACAUAGUUGAUGUCUUAUCUCUCUUUGGACGCUCAGUAAUCUAGAGGAGGUUGUCGUUUUUGUUAGUAAUGGAUGGAGCUACGGAAUUUUCGCGCAUUCAUACAGCCGCAAGCCAGAAUGCAAACCUCCACACUGUCGCACUGUGUUCAUGAUUGGACCGCAGUCGUCCGAACACGCCCCUCUGCGACCGUGAGCCAACGAUGCCCAGCCGGGAGAGAAGUAAGCGAAUCGGGUAAUGCCGAAUAACAAGGAUAAAAAAUGUUCUCGCUAAGUAAUCAACCAAUGGGAAAGUACACCUAUAACACCUAUAACUUUGAAUUCUAUCGUGAGGCCAGAGGAAUCCGCAAAAUUUACGGGAUAGUAAUGGAUUUGAACAAACAAUAUAAAAUGGUGCUUUGAUAGUUGAUAGUUAAUCAUCCGAAGAAACCUUUUUUGACGUGUUAGUUGAUCAUUCAAAUAAUACAUUUUUUGUUGGCAUCUGGCCCGGAUGAUAACUAACACACAAAUAUGUUACUUUGAUUGAUUAAACCAGCUUGCAAUAGCAAACCAUAAUUUAAUUCAUACUGUUUGUUCUAUUCUGUUUCUAACAACAACCUCCUUUUGUUACUGAAAAUCCAAAGAGAAAUAAAAUAUUAAUUAUGUACAAAUUACACUUCCAAACAUCUGUGUUCUGUUUCAAACAGUGAAAAACUCUUUGUACAGGGUUAUUCUUUGCUGUGGGUCUAGUGAAAAUAGGAUUUUCAUUGGCUGUAAGGAAAUCUAAUUAGGUUGAUGCAUUUAUGAAGUGCUGUUUAACCAGUGGUUAUGAUGGAAAAAUAAUUAUUGUUCAGUUACAUCAAAAGUGUAGGUGAUAAAAAUUGUUGGUCUUUCAUUCUGUCAUACCACACAAACUUUUGUAGACUAUAAAAGUUGUAAUAAUUUUUUUGUAUCAAUUGUAUUUUGAGAAUAUUUAGUAGUAUACAAGUAUUAGAUUGAUAACUUUGUAUCAACUUCAUUGUUUGUCAUAUAUAAAGUUUACUGAUCUUUUGUGCUUAUUAUUUUUUCAUUGUUAUUGACAUUACUUAAGUUUUGUUUCUUUACAUGAAUGAUAUAUUUUUGUUUCUGAAUAGAUUAUUUAUCACAUGUUUGGUUUUUUUUAAAAAUAUUUUUGUGUAAAUUGGAACUCAAACAUUGGGAAUAAAGGUGUAGUAUUAUUUUACUAUACAGAUA